AAUUGUCUAAAUCGAUGUAAAAGUAAAUGAAGAUCGUUUAUUUGGAUAUUUUUAAAUUUUAUGGACAUCAAAUUCUGAUAAUAUAAUGAAGUGGAUAAAUUAUUGUUUACAGACAACGACAAACUGAAGUUUAGCUCGAAAUUUCUCUAUCAUUUGACCGAUAAAGAUACUUAGACAGAUGGAUGACAAAGAUAGAAGAACUCUCCAAGUAAACCGUACAUACCUCGUGAAGAAUAUUGCCAAUCCAGAUGAUAUUGCAGAGGAAUUGUUCUCCAAUGAAAUCUUCACAGAGGGAAUGAAAGAUGAAAUAGAGGUGGAGAAACUUAGGGAGAAGAAAGUCAGAAAACUGCUGGACAUUUUGCCAAGGCGAGGUCCAGAGGCAUUUAAGAUAUUCCUGAAUGUGCUAGUGGAUACACAAAAUAAACAUGUGGCAGAGCACAUAAAUUCAGGACAAAAAGUGCCAUUCGUUCCACACAAUCAGCUUCAUCAUCGGGAGGAGGAAGAAGAUCUACCUCAGACAUGGCCAGAUCCUAUAAGCUUAGAAGGACCAUUGAUUGUAAAACCGUGCUCAAUAAAUUCCACCCAGUUCCAGAGUAGCAGGUGUUAUAAAAUGGGUCGAAAGCCUCGAGGCAGAGUACUGGUUAUCAACAACAAAAUAUUUUUUGGUCCACUGGAGAAAGAUGAUGUUGGUAUGAAAAGAGUAACCCUGACAAACAGAGAGGGAACAGACAAGGAUGAGGAGAAAAUUAAAGAAGUGUUUGAGCAGAUGAAUUUUGUUGUGGAUGUUUUCCUUGACAAGAAAGGAGAGGACAUAAAAGAUAUACUAAGACGUGAAGUAGAAAAGGAUAUUCAUCGAACAGCAGAUUGCUUUGUUCUGGUGAUAAUGACCCAUGGGACCACAGGGGCUAUCUAUGGAGUAGAUGGCAAAACUGUAUCAGUUGAAGAAAUCAAAAAACAGUUCAAUGGUGAAAACUUUCCAGCUAUGGCUGACAAACCAAAAGUCAUACUUAUCCAGGCUUGUAGGGGAGAUGAUAGAGAUCAAGGAGUAAGGGAAAUCUCCAACACGGACGAGGAAAUUAAGAAAGCAGAGCAGAAAAUGAAAGAUAUGACCUUGAACUCUGAGACAGAUUCCCACAGUGAGACUCUCACCCCAACAAUGAGUCAUAUGGUUGUUGCAAUGGCAUCCACACUUGGAAUGGUUUCCUUCAGGAAUAAGAUUUAUGGAUCUUGGUUUCUACAAGCUGUAGCCUUUGUACUUGCUAAAUAUUCUUAUAAAGAUGAUAUUCUUCAGAUCCUGACAAAGGUAAAUGAACUUGUGUCACGUGGGAGAGCAAAGGACAGUAGACAAAGAAAAGAAUAUGUCGCCAUUUCUGAAUUCAAUUCCACCCUAUCAAAAAGUCUGUAUUUUUGUCCAGGUCUAGUCACAGAGGAAGUUCAAAGCAACAGAAUUCAGCAAGCAUCUAGCUGACAUAGCUGAAAUCUAAAGCACGUACUGACAAUAACUGUUUUCUAUGCAUUUCUCCUUUGAUUAUAAACAUGUAUGAUAUACUGAUAUACGAUACUGGAAUCAUAAUUUUAAAUUUAGAAAAAAAUAGUGAAUAUGAUUAAAUAUGAUAAUUAUUGACUGGAAAAUUAUCAAACUUAUUUUCAGGUUGUUGGAAUUUAAUAAGUACGAAAUUUUAUGUCGCCCAGUAAACCAUAGUACAUGUAUAUACCGGUAAUAAUCAUUUAUUUCAAACAUCAUACAUUAUUUGUCAAAUUAUAUACAGAAACUUGUAUGGAUUAUCAUUUCUCAAAACAUUAAGGGAUAAAAGGGGCAUCUUUUAGUAUCUUGAUGAAGGACUAUGAACAAAAUUAAAAAGGAAGGAGAGUAUGAAAUACAUGAAUAGCGUAAUGAUGGAAUAGUUAUUCAAACUCAUAUGAUAUAUAUAAAACGAACUAUAAAAACUGGUUUACACCCAAUCCAAAUUAUUAAUCCCCUACGGGUGAAACUGGAGGGGACUAUGGGUUUUCUCCGAGUCUGUCCGUCCGUCUGUCCCUCUGUCUGUCUGUCCCACUUGGUUUUCCGCACUUUUUUUUCUAAACGCUUGCAGAUAUUGAGCUGAUUUUUGGUAUGUGAGUGUAUCUUGAUGAGUUACAGAUCAAGUUUGCAUUUUGUUCCGCUUCAAUUAUUUUUGGCGGAAUUACGACCUUUUCAAUUUUUAAGGGUUUUCCGCAAUUUUCUUCUAAACGCUUGCAGAUAUUGAGCUGAUUUUUGGUAUGUGACUUUAUCUUGAU